AUGUCAUCCAAGUGCCGACUGGCAACUCUCAAGGUCUACCUCCAUGGCCUCCGGCAUCACUGCGUGGUCAACCACCUGUCGUUGUCCCCGUUCCAGGACGGGCGACUGGACCUGCUGCUCCAGGGUAUCGCCCGCAACCAGUGCACGAGCAGCCAGGUGCAGGAACGCCGUGCUGUCACGCAGCAACACCUCCGUGCAAUCCAGGGCUUCCUGCCGCACUCCGGUCUAUCGCCAGCGGACCAAGCCAUGCUCUGGAGCGCUAUCACACUCGCCUACUACGGGUUCCUGCGAGUCAGCGAGUAUGCCUCCACCGACCCGCGGAAGAUGCUGACGCAGGAACGCGUCUGCAUCCGGGAGAACACAGUGAGGCUGGCCAUCCCGUUCUCCAAAACAACGCAACUGGGAGAGGGCAGCGAUGUGACAGUCGGCGCCACCAACGAUAGCACCUGCCCUGUAGCCGCAUUCUCGAAGUACGCACAGCUGCGCCCCCAAGUGGCGGGAGCGUAUUUCCGCUACCAGUCUGGCCAGCCGCUUCGCCCCUCAGACAUGAACGACUUACUCCGCCGAGCUCUCCCCGGCCAGAAGAUCUCCAGCCAUAGCCUGCGUAUUGGUGCAGCCACUGCCGCCGGAAGGAAUGGCCUGCCACCCUACGUCAUCCAAAGGGCCGGCCGAUGGCGGAGUAACGCUUACCUCCGGUAUGUCCGUCUGUCAGAAUCGGACAUGGAGCCAAUCGCGAAGGCACUAGCGACAGCGUGA